UCAAAAUGCAAUCUCAAUCGUCAAAACUUAGAGGCAGGCAAAUGGGUGUGUGUGCAAGGCGUGUAAAAUAUUAUUGGGAUUUUGUUUAAAGUAUAAAUAUAAUCCUACUUUGUCGUGUUUCUUCUAUGAUUUAACAAGAGUUAUGGAGGGGAAUAAUGCAUACUAUAGAGAAAAAGAAUCAACACCGGCAAGUGGUCCAGGUUAUGCAACACCUGCUGAUGCAAUAAAAGCUCCAGUUGAGAAAAUUGUUUAUUUCCCAUGCAUUCCUGUUGACAAAGACAAGCCUGGUUAUUUGGUUACUGCAGAUGUGGAUCCAAAAUCACCAACAUUCAGUCAGGUCAUACACCGAACCUACAUACCUGCCAAUGGUGAUGAAUUACACCACAGUGGAUGGAAUGCAUGCAGCAGGUUUUCUCUCUUUCUUUUUUUAAUACAGUCAACUUACCUUACUGAUCACCUUAAGACCUUUUUGCUGCAGUCACAAUAGAUUCCCCAUGGAUUUUUAAGUAUAAAUGCUACUGUGUAAUAUAACCAAUUCUUAAUGCAGCCAGCAAACAAAUUUUUCAGCACUAAAUAUAGAAGUUGUACAUGUUGCU